GUGUGAGCGCCGCCCGGGAGCCUCUGGCCCGGGCGCAGUGCGACCCCGACCCCGCCCGCCUGCUUGCCCACCAUGGGCAAUGAGGCCAGCCUGGAGGGCGGCGCGGGUGAAGGGCCGCUGCCGCCCGGAGGCUCUGGUCUGGGUCCGGGCCCCGGAGCAGGGCAGCCGCCUUCAGCACUAGCAGGCGGCGGACAGCUCCCCGCAGCUGGAGUCGCGCGAGCGGCUGGACCCCUGACCCCUGGUCUCGGUCCGGUCCCUGGCCCCGGCCCCGGCCCUGGCCCGGGCAGUGUUUCACGGAGACUGGACCCCAAGGAGCCCCUGGGUAGCCAGAGAGCAACUUCUCCAACCCCAAAGCAAGCUUCUGCUGCUUCUGCUACUGCUCCAGGCCGAGAAAGCCCCCGAGAGACGAGGGCUCAAGGCCCACCAGGCCAGGAAGCUGAUGGUCCCCGCAGGACACUACAGGUAGACAGCAGGACACAGAGAUCAGGACGGUCCCCCUCAGUGUCACCAGACAGAGGCAGCACUCCCACGUCCCCCUACUCUGUCCCCCAGAUCGCUCCCCUCCCCAGCAGCACCCUGUGUCCUAUAUGCAAGACCUCGGACCUCACGUCGACCUCCAGCCAGCCAAACUUCAACACCUGCACCCAGUGUCACAACAAGGUCUGCAACCAAUGUGGAUUCAACCCCAACCCUCAUCUUACCCAGGUGAAGGAGUGGCUCUGUUUGAACUGUCAGAUGCAGAGGGCUCUGGGAAUGGACAUGACCACUGCGCCUCGAUCCAAGAGCCAGCAGCAGCUACACUCCCCUGCCCUGUCCCCUGCCCACUCCCCAGCCAAACAGCCUCUGGGGAAGCCAGAGCAAGAGAGAUCCCGGGGCCCAGGGGCCACACAGUCUGGUCCCCGCCAGGCUGAAACAGCCAGGGCCACCUCAGUCCCUGGGCCUACCCAGGCAACUGCCCCUCCAGAGGUGGGGAGGGUGUCUCCUCAGCCCCCCCUCUCUACCAAGCCUUCCACAGCUGAGCCCAGGCCACCUGUAGGAGAGGCCCAGGGCAAAAGUGCCACCACAGUGCCCUCUGGGCUUGGUGCUGGUGAACAGCCCCAGGAGGGCCUCACCGGGAAACUCUUCGGCCUUGGAGCAUCACUACUGACCCAGGCGAGCACCCUUAUGUCUGUGCAGCCAGAGGCUGACUCCCAGGGCCAGCCUUCCCCCAGCAAGGGGCCUCCCAAGAUCGUCUUCAGUGAUGCCAGCAAGGAGGCUGGCCCAAGACCCCCAGGCUCAGGGCCUGGGUCCGGGCCAGCACCUGGAGCCAAAACUGAGUCUGGGGCAAGAACAGGUCCUGGACCAGGGCCUGGAGCCCUGGCAAAAACUGGAGGAACAGCCAGUCCAAAGCAUGGCAGAGCAGAACAUCAGGCAGCAUCCAAGGCUGCUGCCAAGCCAAAGACCACGCCGAAGGAAAGGGCCACAUGCCCACUGUGCCAAGCUGAGCUCAAUGUGGGUAGCAAGGGUCCGGCCAACUACAACACCUGCACUACCUGCAAGCUCCAGGUGUGCAACCUGUGUGGCUUCAACCCCACGCCUCACCUGGUGGAGAAAACAGAGUGGCUCUGUCUGAACUGCCAAACAAAGCGGCUGUUGGAGGGCAGCCUGGGAGAGCCAUCCCCCAUGCCUCUGCCCACCUCACAGCAGCCCCCUGCAGGAGUCCCUCACCGUGCAGCUGGACCAGCCCCUCCGAAGCAGAAAGGUCCACAGGGGCUGGGCCAGCCAACAGGCUCCUCGCCUGCCAAGGCCAGUCCUCAGGCCACCAAGGCCAGUCCUCAGGCUGCCAAGGCCAGUCCUCAGGCCGCCAAGGCCAGUCCUCAGGCCGCCAAGGCCAGCCCUCAGGCCAAGCCCCUCAGGGCUUCUGAACAUAGCAAGACCUCUAGCAGUGCCCAGGAAAAGAAGACAGGGAUCCCAGUUAAAGCUGAACCUGUGCCGAAGCCACCUCCAGAGACCACUGUGCCUCCUGGGACUCCUAAAGCAAAAAGCGGGGUGAAAAGGACUGAACCUGCCACCUCAGUCAUCAAGCCUGUUCCAGAAGCUUCCAAGGGUGGGGAGGCUGAGGAACCCGGCAGCAAGCCUUACUCUCAGGACCUGUCUCGAAGCCCCCAGAGCCUCAGCGACACAGGCUAUUCUUCCGAUGGUGUAUCCAGCUCCCAGAGUGAGAUCACGGGGGUCGUACAGCAAGAUGUGGAGCAACUGGACAGUGCCGGGGUGACGGGGCCACGUCCACCCAGCCCCUCAGAGCUCCACAAAGUGGGAAGUAGCAUGCGCCCUUCACUAGAGGCCCAGGCGGUGGCUCCCAGUGGUGAGUGGAGCAAGCCACCCCGCAGCAGCGCGGCUGAGGACCAGAAACUGCGCCCCCACUCUCUGUCCAUCAUGCCUGAGGCCUAUGACUCUGAUGAAGAGCUGGGGGAUAUCCUAGAGGAGGAAGAUGACUCUCUGGCAUGGGGGCACCAGAGGGAACAGCAAGACACAGCCGAGUCUUCAGAUGACUUUGGCAGCCAGCUGAGGCAUGACUAUGUGGAAGACAGCAGCGAGGGAGGCUUGUCUCCUCUUCCACCCCAGCCCCCUGCCCGGGCAGAACUGACUGAUGAGGAGUUCAUGCGGAGGCAGAUCCUGGAAAUGAGUGCUGAGGAAGACAACCUGGAGGAAGAUGACGCUGCUGUCUCUGGGCGCGGCCUGGCCAAGCACAGCACCCAGAAGGGAAGUGCCAGAGCCAGGCCUGAAUCUAGCCAAGAACCGGUAGCAGUGCCCAAGAGGCGCCUACCCCAUAAUGCCACCACGGGCUAUGAGGAACUACUUUCUGAGGGAGGCCCAGCAGAGCCCACUGACGCCAGUGGAGCCCUUCAGGGAGGUCUUCGCCGCUUUAAAACCAUUGAGCUCAAUAGCACAGGUAGCUAUGGUCAUGAGCUGGACCUGAGUCAAGGUCCUGAUCCCAGCCUGGACCGGGAACCUGAGCUGGAGAUGGAGAGCCUGACAGGGUCCCCUGAAGACCGCUCUCGCGGGGAGCACUCCUCUACCCUGCCUGCUUCCACACCUAGCUAUACAUCUGGCACCUCACCCACCUCCCUGUCUUCGCUCGAGGAGGACAGUGACAGCAGCCCUAGCCGCCGACAGAGGUUGGAAGAAGCGAAGCAGCAGCGCAAGGCCCGGCACCGCUCCCACGGGCCCCUGCUGCCCACGAUCGAGGACUCCUCGGAGGAGGAGGAGCUUAGAGAGGAGGAGGAGCUGCUGCGCGAGCAGGAGAAGAUGCGGGAGGUGGAGCAGCAGCGUAUCCGCAGCACAGCCCGCAAGACCCGGCGGGACAAGGAAGAACUUCGGGCUCAGCGGCGACGCGAACGCUCCAAGACACCACCUAGUAACCUGUCACCCAUCGAAGAUGCAUCUCCCACAGAGGAGCUGAGGCAGGCAGCAGAGAUGGAGGAGCUACACCGCUCUUCCUGCUCUGAGUACUCCCCCUCCCCUUCCCUUGACUCAGAGACUGAGACCCUGGAUGGUGGCCCCACACGACUCUACAAAUCGGGCAGCGAGUACAACCUGCCCGCCUUUAUGUCCCUCUACUCACCCACUGAGGCACCCUCGGGCAGCUCCACCACGCCCAGUUCUGGACGGCCCCUAAAGAGUGCUGAGGAGGCCUACGAGGAUAUGAUGAGAAAAGCCGAGCUGCUCCAGCGACAGCAGGGCCAGAUGGCAGGGGCUCGGGGGCCCCAUGGUGGCCCUGCUCAGCCCACAGGCCCCCGGGGGCAGGGCUCUUUUGAAUAUCAAGACACCCAAGACCAUGAUUAUGGCAGGGCUGCCCAGCCUGCUGCAGAAAGCACACCCGCAGGCCUCGGAGCAGCUGUCUACGAAGAGAUCCUUCAGACGUCGCAGAGCAUAGCCCGCAUGCGGCAAGCCUCCUCGCGGGAUCUGGCUUUCACUGAGGACAAGAAGAAGGAGAAGCAAUUUCUGAACGCUGAGAGUGCAUACAUGGACCCAAUGAAGCAAAAUGGUGGCCCACUGACCCCUGGCACUAGCCCUACCCAACUCGCCGCGCCUGUGUCAUUUUCCACUUCUACCUCCUCAGAUAGCAGUGGAGGCCGAGUUAUUCCUGAUGUCCGAGUCACUCAGCAUUUUGCAAAAGAGCCUCAGGAUCCUCUCAAGCUCCACAGCUCUCCUGUGUCCUCCAGCUUAGCCUCCAAGGAAGUAGGCAUGACCUUCUCCCAGGGCCCUGGGACUCCAGCCACCACGGUCAUGGCCCCUUGUCCAGCCAGCCUUCCCCGAGGGUAUAUGACGCCACCCUCCCCAGCUGGCACAGAGCGUAUCCUGUCACCAUCUUCCACAGCACACAGCUAUGGACAGACCCCAACCACUGCUAACUAUGGGUCCCAAACAGAAGAGCUGCCCCAGGCUCCCAGUGGCCCUCCUGCAGGUGGACGGGCCCCCAGAGAGAAGCCUGUGAGUGGAGCUGAUGCUGAGGCUGGUGCCCCCCAGUCUUCUCGGGGAUAUUCUUACUUUACAGGCUCUAGUCCACCUCUCUCUCCAUCUACACCCUCAGAGAGCCCCACAUUCUCACCCGGCAAGCUGGGCCCAAGGGCCACAGCAGAGUUCUCUACACAGACACCAAGCCUAACGCCUUCCCCGGACACUCCACGGAGCCCUGGCACGUCCUCCCCCAUGGUCGCCCAGGGCACACAGACACCACACCGACCGGGUACGCCUCGCCUGGUGUGGCAGCAGUCUUCCCAGGAGGCUCCCGUCAUGGUUAUCACGCUAGCGUCAGAUGCGUCUAGCCAGACCAGAACAGUACAUGCCAGUGCCUCUACUUCCCCACUGUGCUCACCUACUGACACUCAGCCCACCUCCCAUAGCUACAGCCAGACAACACCCCCAAGUGCAUCGCAAAUGCCCUCAGAACCAGCCGGGCCACCUGGUUUCCCACGAGCACCCAGUGCUGGUGCCGAUGGACCUCUAGCACUGUACGGCUGGGGUGCCCUCCCCGCUGAAAACAUCUCCUUAUGCCGGAUCUCCUCUGUCCCUGGAACAUCUAGAGUCGAGCCAGGCCCCAGGCCCCCAGGCAGUGCAGUGGUAGAUCUUCGCACAGCUGUCAAGCCCACGCCCAUUAUCCUCACCGACCAGGGUAUGGAUCUGACCUCUCUUGCGGUGGAAGCUAGGAAGUAUGGCCUUGCCCUGGAUCCAAUUCCAGGACGCCAGUCAACUGCUGUGCAGCCUCUGGUUAUCAACCUCAAUGCCCAAGAACAGACCCAUACCUUCCUGGCCACUGCCACGACUGUGAGCAUCACCAUGGCCUCAUCUGUGCUUAUGGCUCAGCAAAAGCAGCCAGUGGUAUAUGGAGACCCUUUCCAGAGCCGCCUUGACUUUGGCCAGGGUUCAGGUAGCCCUGUAUGCCUGGCCCAGGUCAAACAAGUCGAGCAGGCUGUCCAGACAGCCCCAUACCGAGGUGGGCCCCGGGGAAGACCCAGGGAGGCCAAGUUUGCCAGGUAUAACCUUCCGAACCAGGUAGCACCUCUGGCCAGAAGGGACAUUUUGAUUACUCAGGUGGGCGCCGCCCAGAGUGUUAGCCUCAAGCCAGGACCAGUGCCAGAGCCUGGUGGUGAACCCCACCGGGCUACUCCUGCAGAGCUCCGGUCACAUGCUUUGCCGGGUGCCCGGAAGCCACACACAGUGGUGGUGCAGAUGGGAGAGGGCACAGCGGGCACCGUGACUACACUGCUCCCAGAAGAGCCAGCAGGUGCCCUGGACCUCACCGGGAUGAGGCCCGAGAGCCAACUGGCAUGCUGUGACAUGGUCUACAAGUUUCCCUUUGGCAGUAGCUGCACUGGCACCUUCCAUCCUGCCCCCAGUGCACCUGACAAGAGUGUGGCAGAUGCUACCCUGCCCGGCCAAAGCAAUGGCCCCUUCUACAGUCCCAGAGACCCUGAGCCCCCUGAGCCCCUCACCUUCCGGGCACAGGGGGUAGUAGGACCUGGGCCCCAUGAAGAACAGAGGCCCUACCCACAGGGCCUGCCUGGAAGGUUAUAUUCCUCCAUGUCUGAUACCAAUUUGGCUGAAGCUGGCCUCAACUACCAUGCCCACAGGAUUGGGCAGCUCUUCCAGGGCUCUGGAAGAGAGUCAGCUGUGGACCUCAGCUCACUGAAGCACUCUUACAGCUUAGGUUUUGCAGACGGACGCUACUUAGGGCAGGGCUUACAGUAUGGCUCAUUCACAGACCUGCGUCACCCCUCAGACCUUUUAGCUCACCCACUUCCCAUGCGACGCUAUAGCUCAGUGUCAAACAUCUAUUCAGACCACCGGUAUGGCCCACGGGGAGAUGCGGUUGGCUUUCAGGAGGCCAGUCUGGCCCAGUACAGCGCCACCACAGCCCGGGAGAUCAGCCGUAUGUGCGCUGCCCUCAACUCCAUGGAUCAGUACGGCGGACGGCACGGUAGUGGAGGUGGUGCACCUGACCUGGUGCAGUACCAGCCCCAGCAUGGGCCGGGACUCAGUGCCCCACAGGCUCUGGCUCCCCUCAGAUCUGGCCUCCUUGGCAACCCCACCUACCCAGAGGGGCAGCCAAGCCCUGGGAACCUUGCUCAGUAUGGGCCUGCAGCAAGCCAGGGAACCACAGUCAGACAGCUGCUCCCAUCCACAGCGACGGUGCGUGCAGCCGAUGGCAUGAUCUACUCAACUAUCAAUACUCCAAUUGCUGCAACCCUGCCCAUCACCACCCAGCCUGCCUCAGUACUGAGGCCCAUGGUGCGUGGUGGCAUGUACAGGCCUUAUGUAUCUGGUGGAGUCACGGCUGUGCCCCUCACCAGCCUGACCCGUGUGCCCAUGAUUGCUCCUCGAGUACCUCUUGGGCCAGCAGGGCUAUACCGAUAUCCUGCACCAAGUCGAUUCCCCGUUGCUUCUAGCAUCCCACCUGCUGAAGGGCCUGUUUAUCUGGGAAAGCCUGCUGCUGCCAAGACCUCAGGGGCAGGGGGCCCGCCAAGGCCAGAGCUACCAGCAGGGGCUGCUCGUGAAGAACCUCUGUCCACAACUGCCCCUGCUGUCAUCAAGGAAGCCCCAGUAGCCCCUACCCCGGCCCCCGCACCUGGCCAGAAGCCACCAGGAGAUGCUGCCGCCGCAGGGGGUGGCAGUGGAGUCCUCAGCCGACCUGGGGCUGAGAAGGAGGAAGCAUCUCAGGAGGAACGGCAGCGGAAGCAACAGGAGCAGCUGUUGCAGCUGGAGCGGGAGCGGGUGGAGUUGGAAAAGCUGCGACAGUUGCGGCUGCAGGAGGAGCUGGAGCGAGAGAGAGUGGAACUGCAGCGGCACCGAGAGGAAGAACAGUUGCUGGUGCAGCGAGAGUUGCAGGAGCUGCAGACCAUCAAGCAACACGUGCUGCAGCAGCAGCAAGAAGAACGCCAGGCUCAGUUUGCACUGCAGCGGGAGCAGCUGGCACAGCAGCGGCUGCAGCUGGAGCAGAUCCAGCAAUUGCAGCAGCAGCUGCAGCAGCAGCUAGAGGAACAGAAACAGCGGCAGAAGGCCCCCUUUCCUCCAACCUGUGAGGCACCUAGCCGAGGGCCUCCACCAGCUGCUACCGAGCUGGCCCAGAAUGGCCAGUACUGGCCACCAUUGACCCACCCAGCCUUCAUUGCCAUGGCAGGCACCGAAGGACCUGGGCAACCUCGUGAGCCAGUGCUGCACCGGGGCCUCCCCAGCUCUGCCUCAGAUAUGUCACUGCAAACUGAGGAGCAGUGGGAGGCAGGCCGCAGCGGCAUCAAGAAACGUCACUCAAUGCCACGCCUGAGAGACGCCUGUGAGGCAGAGUCAGGACCCGAACCCUGCACGGUCAGGAGGAUUGCAGACAGCAGCGUUCAGACAGAUGAGGAGGAGGAGGGUGAGGGCCGCUACAUUCUGACCCGGAGGCGCAGGACACGGCGCAGCGCUGACUGUAGUGUGCAGACGGAUGACGAGGACAAUGCCGAAUGGGAGCAGCCUGUGCGCCGCCGCAGGUCUCGUCUUUCCCGCCACUCAGACUCAGGUUCUGACAGCAAGCAUGAUGCCACUGCCUCAUCCGCUGCUGCCACCGCUGCAAGGGCCAUGAGCAGCAUAGGCAUCCAGACCAUUAGUGACUGCUCCGUACAGACGGAGCCUGACCAGCUGCCUAGGGUCUCUCCAGCCAUCCACAUCACAGCCGCCACGGACCCCAAGGUGGAGAUCAUCAGAUACAUAUCAGCCCCAGAAAAGACUGGGCGUGGGGAGAGUCUGGCCUGCCAGACAGAACCAGAUGGGCAGGCCCAGGGUGUAGCUGGGCCACAGCUUAUAGGACCAACUGCCAUCAGCCCCUACCUGCCUGGCAUCCAGAUAGUCACCCCAGGACCCCUAGGCAGAUUUGAGAAGAAGAAGCCGGAUCCUCUGGAGAUUGGGUACCAGGCCCACCUGCCUCCGGAGUCCCUCUCACAGCUUGUGAGCCGCCAGCCUCCUAAGUCUCCACAAGUGCUCUACUCGCCAGUGUCGCCCCUGUCCCCACACCGGCUCCUGGACACCUCGUUUGCUUCCAGUGAGAGGCUGAACAAGGCUCAUGUGAGUCCCCAGAAGCACUUCAUGCCCGACAGCACUCUUCGCCAGCAGACCUUGCCUCGCCCCAUGAAGACCCUGCAGCGGUCCUUGUCUGACCCUAAGCCCCUCAGCCCCACCGCAGAGGAGUCCGCCAAAGAGAGAUUCUCCCUCUACCAGCACCAGGGGGGACUAGGUAGCCAGGUGUCGGCGCUACCACCCAACGGCCUGGUCCGCAAGGUGAAGCGGACACUGCCCAGCCCCCCUCCAGAGGAAGCUCACCUUCCCCUGGCUGGCCAGGUGCCCUCACAGCUGUAUGCAGCCAGUCUGCUGCAGCGAGGGUUGGCGGGGCCCACCACCGUCCCUGCUACCAAGGCCAGCCUGCUCCGGGAGCUGGACCGGGACCUGCGGCUGGUGGAGCAUGAGUCCACCAAGCUGCGCAAGAAGCAGGCGGAGUUGGACGAGGAGGAGAAGGAGAUUGAUGCCAAGCUCAAGUACCUAGAGCUGGGCAUCACCCAACGCAAAGAGUCUUUGGCCAAAGACCGGGGUGGCCGUGACUAUCCACCUUUACGUGGCCUUGGUGAGCAUCGGGACUACCUGUCUGACAGCGAGCUCAACCAACUGCGGCUCCAGGGUUGUACCACGCCCGCUGGCCAGUAUGUGGACUACCCUGCCUCUGCUGCUGUGCCUGCCACCCCCUCUGGCCCCACUGCCUUCCAACAGCCCCGGUUCCCACCUGCAGCCCCACAGUACCCUGCAGGUGGUAGUGGACCAACUCAGAAUGGAUUUCCAGCCCACCAGGCACCCACCUACACUGGCCCUAGCACAUACCCAGCUCCUACUUUCCCUCCUGGAACCAGUUAUCCGGCUGAGUCUGGCCUGCCGAGCCAGCAGGCUUUCCACCCCACAGGCCAUUAUGCGGCCCCAACUCCCAUGCCAACCACACAGAGCACCCUGUAUCCAGCCCAAGCUGACAGUCGUGCCCCCCACCAGAAGCCACGUCAGACCUCACUAGCUGACUUGGAGCAGAAGGUACCCACCAAUUAUGAGGUGAUCACCAGCCCUGCUGUACCCAUGUCGUCAGCCCCCUCUGAAACCAGCUACAGCAGUCCAGCAGUGAGCAGCAGCUAUGAGCAAGGGAAAGCCCCAGAGCUUCCCCGGGGCAGUGACCGAAGCAGUGUGAGCCAGAGCCCAGCCCCUACUUAUCCCUCCGACUCCCAUUACACCAGUCUGGAGCAGAAUGUUCCUCGAAACUACGUGAUGAUCGAUGACAUCAGUGAGCUGACGAAGGACAGCACCCCCACUGCCACAGAUAGCCAGCGGCUGGAGCCUUUGGGGCCAGGUGGAGUCAGUGGGCGUCCUGGGAAGGAGCCUGGAGAACCAGCUGCCCUUGAGGGACCCACACUGCCCUGCUGCUAUGGCAGAGGUGAGGAGGAAUCUGAGGAGGACUCAUAUGACCCCCGUGGGAAAUCGGGUCAUCACCGGAGCAUGGAGAGCAAUGGCCGACCAGCCGGCACCCACUAUUACGGCGACAGUGACUAUAGACACGGGGCUCGAGCCGAGAAGUAUGGUCCAGGGCCCAUGGGGCCCAAGCAUCCUUCUAAGAGUCUGGCCCCAGCUGCCAUCUCCUCGAAGCGUAGCAAGCACCGGAAGCAAGGCAUGGAGCAGAAGAUCUCCAAGUUCUCACCUAUUGAGGAGGCCAAGGAUGUGGAGUCAGACCUGGCCUCCUAUCCUACACCCACUGUGAGCAGCAGCCUGACCUCUCGGGGCAGGAAGUUCCAGGAUGAAAUCACCUAUGGGCUCAAGAAGAAUGUGUAUGAACAGCAGAGAUACUACGGGGUGUCCAGCCGGGACGCCGCAGAGGAGGACGACCGCAUGUAUGGUGGUAGCAGCCGGUCCCGGGUGGCUUCCGCAUACAGUGGGGAGAAGCUGUCUAGCCACGAUUUCAGUGGCAGAGGCAAAGGGUAUGAACGGGAACGGGAGGCUGUGGAGAGACUUCAGAAGGCGGGCCCCAAGCCUUCAUCCCUGAGCACGGCCCACGGCCGGGCACGGCCCCCCAUGAGGAGCCAGGCCUCUGAAGAGGAGAGCCCUGUCAGCCCCUUAGGGCGGCCCCGCCCUGCAGGGGGCACUCUUCCUCCUGGGGAUACCUGCCCACAGUUCUGCUCCAGCCACUCCAUGCCUGACGUCCAGGAACAUGUCAAGGAUGGACCACGGGCCCACGCGUAUAAGCGUGAAGAAGGCUACAUCCUGGAUGAUUCCCACUGCGUGGUUUCUGACAGUGAAGCGUAUCACCUGGGCCAGGAGGAGACAGAUUGGUUUGAUAAGCCCCGAGAUGCCCGCUCCGACCGGUUCAGGCACCAUGGGGGUCAUACAGUCUCCUCCUCCCAGAAGCGAGGCCCUGCCAGGCACAGCUACCAUGACUAUGAUGAGCCCCCUGAGGAAGGCCUGUGGCCUCAUGAUGAGGGCGGUCCGGGCCGCCAUGCCUCAGCUAAGGAACACCGGCACCACAGUGACCACGGGAGGCACUCAGGCCGCCAUGCUGGUGAGGAGCCAGGACGGCGUGCUGCCAAACCACAUACUCGGGACAUGGGUCGCCACGAAACCCGGCCUCACCCUCAGGCUAGCCCUGCCCCUGCCAUGCAGAAGAAGGGUCAGCCUGGGUACCCCAGCUCUGCUGACUACUCACAGCCUUCCCGUGCCCCAUCAACGUACCACCAUGCCUCCGAGAGCAAGAAGGGCUCCCGGCAGACCCACUCGGGGCCCACUGCAAUGCAGCCAAAGGCAGAACCUCAGUCACAGCCACAGAUGCAGGCUCGGCAGGCAGCUCCAGGACCACAACAGACACAGUCACCAUCGUCCAGGCAGAUGCCCCCGGGCACGGCAUCACGCCAGUCACAGAUGCAGCAGCAGCAGCAACAGCAGCCGCAGCAACAGCAAGGUGUGGGGCAGCAAGCUCCGCAGCAGACUCCAUCACAGGCUCGGCUGCAGCAACAGAGCCAGCCAACCACCCGGGGCUCAGCCCCUGCUGCCAGUCAGCCAGCAGGGAAACCUCAGCCAGGCCCUACCACAGCCCCAGGGCCCCAGCCAGCAGGACUGCCACGUGCGGAACAGGCAAGCAGCUCCAAAGCGGCAGCCAAAGCGCCCCAACAGGGGAGAGCUCCUCAGGCCCAGCCAGCUCCAGGACCUGGACCCACAGGGGUGAAACCUGGAUCCAGGCCUGGAGGGACCCCAGGAGCGCCCACUGGUCAGACAGGGGCAGAUGGGGAGAGUGUAUUCUCCAAAAUCCUCCCUGGUGGGGCAGCAGAGCAAGCUGGGAAGCUGACAGAAGCUGUCUCUGCUUUUGGCAAAAAAUUUUCCUCGUUCUGGUGAUUGUGUCCAGAAGGGCUCCUGAAGAUCUGAAGAAAGAUGACAUCAUUGCUGUGGAAAAAUCUCUGGAGUCAAAGGCCUGGGCGCAGCUCUGGACUCUGCGUAUAACAGUGAGUGUCAGGGCCAGGUUAUGGUACCUGAAAAGUGGGUGAAGGGCCCUGUUCCUGAAAGUAUGAACUAAAAAGUACCUGGUAUGCUUCUUCAAGCUGGGCUGGGUCUAGCAACCCCAUCAGACACCAGAGCUGGCAUGGUGCUGAAUCAGCUGUCCUUGAGGAAGGGCCCAGUGAAGCCAGUUAGACCCCUACAACCUUGGGUCUGAGUUCAAAGUCAUCCUGGAGGACAGGAUAGACUAUGGCUCUCACUGGAAACAUUGGUGCCUGCUGCUGGUGUCUCCAAACUCUAAAUAACUUAGCAGCUUUGGGCAUGAAAUCAAGACACUCUUAGAGUCACAGGGUAUGUGUGCGACUCACAAGAGAAAGAGGGAGCUAGGGAGAGAGGCAGGCAGAAAAGGAACACGGAGGGAAAGCACUCACCGGUCAGCCAGGCUCAGCCCCAUUCUAGGUCAAGUCAGCGAGAGAACGAGAGAACGGGAAGGCUCAGGGUCUGAGUCCUCACCACCUAGACUGUAGUGGUCAAGUACAAUGGGAUGCUCCUGUUGGAGCCUGCCCUGGUCCUGGCCUUGGCCCUGCCUCUGUGGACAGAAGAGGAAAAGCCUCACCCAGAAUUGGGGAGAAUAGCCUGGCUGUUUUGCUGCUACUCCUUGCUCAGUCAGGAAUCACCUAUCAUGCCUUCUGCAGGAGGCCUCGCACCUCCUGCUCCUUUUCCACUCUAGAGUUAAGACUGUGGAGGUAUGUGGGUAGCCAUGGUGGGGCCCACAGCCAGUAAGCAAGUCAUUUUAAGGGAGCCUUGGACAGUAAGUGCUUGUGAUAGAGAAGAAAUUCCAAGGACUGCCGUCUUUUCAGGAGUCUCGAGGCACUGAAAAGGUCCAAUCUCUUAUUUAUUUAUUCAACAAAUGCUUGUCAAGCCCCAAGUAUGUGCCAAACCCUAUUUUAGACGUUGGAAACAUAGGAAUCAAAACCAAGUUUCUGUCCUUUCAAGUCAGCGGUCCAUUAAUGGAAACAAAGAAUAAGUACAUUUCAAAAUAAAAAUUUAGCCAUGUAUGGUAACAUACAUACACCUUUGGUCCAGCACUUGGAGGCAGAAGCAAACAGUCUCUGAAUUUGAGGCUAGCCUGAUCCACAGAGCAGGCUUCAGACCAGCCAAGGCUACAUAAUGAAAUCUGACUAAAAAAUAAUAAGUAAGCAAAUAAAAUAAAUAAAAGUCAACUUGAAAGGGACUUCGGCAGGUGGCAAGCGUUGCAAAGCGGGAUUUCUGGAGUGGUAAGAGCUGCCCUAAAGAAAGCAGUCAGGGCUGAAGGCAUGCGGAGGCACAGUGCCAGCAAAGGCUCUGGUACUGAGUGGAGCUGCCAGGCUUCAGGGACAGGCAAAGAUAAGCACUACUAAACCAUAGCAGAGGGGCACAGUGGCUGGAGCCUUUGGGUGGGUACGGCAGGCCAAUGUAAGGAGCUUGGGGUUUGCUCUAGGGUGGUGCACACUCUGCCACUUUCUCUCUCAGCUCAACGUUUUCUUGGCAUUCCCUGAAACAAAUAUAAACUCUCAAGUGCUAUUCAGGGCACAGGAAGGGACAGCCCAUGGCUCAGGGCAGGGCCAGCCUAGGUUUGGGGCCUGAGAACUGUUAGAAGGAAAGGUGGCACGGGUGUACUUUGCUCCAUGCCCAGCCACAGCGUGGGCAGGCCAUCGAGACCACGGCUUCCUAGUUAAGAUCUUCCUCUGGGUCCAGCACUGGGCCAACAAUUGGGCUAAGUGGUCAGAGCUGCUGUGUCCAUCUCCUGGUGUUUUUAUGCCGAUUUCAGAGAUGAGCUAGAGAUGCUUAUCCUGUGAAACAAAACCUCAUCUCUCCCACUCUUCCUGUUUGUCUUUGUGUUUUUGAGACAGGAUUUCAUUUGUAGGACCGACUGGUCCGUAACUCAAUAUGUGUAGAUCAAGCUGAUCAUGAGCUUUUCCUGCCUGUGUUGCUUAGAGCUAGGAUUAUGGAUGUGUACUAUCAUACCUGGCUCCCCACACUUUCUUUGGGUUUCUCUGUAGUUUUGGAGCCUGUCCUAGAACUUGCUCUGUAGACCAGGCUGGCCUCCAACUCACAGAGAUCUGCCUGCCUCUGCCUCCCUGCCUCCCGAGUGCUGGGAUUAAAGGCGUGUGCCACCACCGCCCAGAGCUUCCUUUACUGUUAGGCAAAACGAAAAGGAAGCCUUCUUACAAAAUAAAUGCUGAGGGUCAUCAAGAGGACUCAGUGGCCAAAGCCUGACAACCUGCGUUUGGAUACCACAUGGUAGAAGGUAGAAGAGAUCCACCUCCUGCAAGAUCUUCUCUAACCUCCAUAUGCAUGUGUGUGCACACACACAUUUGAAAAAAGAAAUAUCAAGUAGUGGCACAUGCCUGUGAGCCCCAGUACCCCAUAGGCUGAGUUUGGAGGGUCACUCUAGUGCCAUUUUGGGCAAUAUAGUGAGAUCCUGUUGUCUCAAACAGGAGAGAGAGAAGGGAGGUCUUGUCCUGGAGAUCUGAUUCUUCCUUAUUCGAAUCCUUCUUUCCAUGACCUUUAACUUGCACAAACACUAACUUUUACUUGCCUCAAUGGAUAGAAUCGUCUAGGUGAAGAAGACCCUGGCCAUUAUACAUGCAGUGUCUGAAAGCAAUAUGAGGAGGGUGGGAAACUGCCCAGGGUUCUUGGGGAAAAAAAUCUUUCUUUCUUCCCUCCCUCUCUCCUCUUUUCAAAGCAUCUACAAUCUGGCAAACCCUUGGCCCAAAGAUUCACACCAUGUGGCCACAGCAGGCAGGCCUCAUCAGAGCGCAGGACGUUUCCUAACAGCAGCUACCUAGGUGAAGCUUCUGCUGGAGCAGUGGGACCAUUGGCUUGGGGGACCUUUCAUUGUCCUUCCAGAGACCCUGCCUUCCUCAGGCCAGCCGUCCUUGGGAGAGAGGAGCCCGCACCAGAACACUGUUGCUGCUUGGCUGUCUGCUGCUCUUCCCACAGCCUCCUGCGGCCUGGCCAGCCAGGCUUCAAAUGCGUUAUACACAGAGUUUGGGUGCACACUGCCCUCCCUCUAAGAUGCCAGAAGUUUUUCCACAGCCUUGGAGAGGGGCUUUGAGGGCUGGGGGCCCUAGGCUCCGUUUCCUUCACAUUCCAGCUGGCCCGGACCCCUCUGUGGCCAUAAGGCCUUGCCCCCUUCACCCUGCCCACCCGGGUGACAUUGGAGCAGACCUCCACAUGGCCAGCAUGGGUUUGGGAGAACUUUAUAAACAUUAGGACCUAACACUGUCUCAUCGCUGACGUAAGAGGCCAUAGUACCGAAAAGCAGCGUGGGCACCGGCUGAGGCUUCUCCCAGCCCGUGGAUGGCAGCAUACCAAGCCUGCCUGCCAUCGUCCUAAAGCCAUCCCCCAGCCAUUGUGAGCACCCAGCAGCACCGCCAUUGUCUCGACCAGCCGGCUCCUCGUCUGUACACCUGGGGAUUUCUUUUGAUUUCAAGAACAGCCUUAAUCAUUCCAGUUUUCAUUCCAGUUUAAUCAUACAGAUUUACAUGUAUACCUCAUGAACAUUUUUUUGUUCUGUUUUGUUUUCUCUUCCCUUCUUUUCUUUGCUUUUAGCCCUUUGUCUGUCUCCUCCACCACCUUGUGACUGAUGGUUUGGUUUCCUCUCUGCUCUCUGCCCCUGCUCAGCACGGGGAGAAAUGUUGAUUUAGAAGCAAUAGCGGGCAGCAGGCCACCAAGAGCACAAACCCAGGGCGAGGUCUAGGGAGGCCCCUCAGCCCGCCUGUUUACUGUGCAAUUCCAGACCUUCUUAAGCCAUCAGCAGUGGGCAUGCUCAGACCAGAGGAGCCAGGACUUAUGCACCGGCCAAGGGAAAGGCUCGGAGCCCUGUGGGUGAGGGGAGUGUGAUUCUGUCCAUUCACCUGGUGGACUGGGCUGCAUGCCUCCUCAAAGCCCUUCCCUUGGAGGCCUCCCUUCAUCUCGGGCACAGCCACAAGUCUCAUCUCUAAUGUUCUAUGCAAUGAAAUAUAAACCCUCAAAGACAACUGUUAAUAUUUAAUAAAUUCCAUGUUACAUAUAAGGAAUUAAUUGCAAACAUGCAGUUGAGAAACUGGAUAGAUCUGCUCAUAUCACUACCCCAACCAAUCCUGUGUAGUGUGAGUAUGUGUGAGACAGAGAAAGUGAGAGCAUGCGUGUGUGUGUGUGUGUGUGUGUGUGUGUGUGUGUGUGUGUAAAUUCUAAGUCUGUGGCAUGUUUGACCUGUGGCAGGACUCACUGCUGCCGGGUGGGUCAGCGCCUGUCCCGCAGUGGAGCAUGCACAGCUCGCAGCCUCUUUGCACGAUUUCAUUCAUUUUAAAUGCUCGACCCUCUUGCCUGGAGUACUUUUUGCCUCCAACCCUCUCCUUUAGGGGCAUUUCUCUCUACCUUCUGCACAAGCUAGUAAAGACCUGCCGGACUACCUGAGUAUGCCAAGCCGUGGGGCAGGCAGUGAGGCCCCCAUACACCUUGCUGUUUUUAUCUGUCCACGCUAGCAGAUAAAAAAGAAACCUGAGAGCAGUGAUCAGAGCCUGCAGCAGAUGCAUGCGUACGGACGUUCUGUGGGUUUGCUGUAGGAUUUCUACUUGUUUAUCAUUUUUCCCUCCUGCCCCAGGCCUGGGCCUAAAGAAUAUGGUCACCGCUUUGCAGCGGGGCACUUCCCAAGGGCAAGGCUGGGCCACAUCUGUGGAGAGGCAGAAGUCGAGAGCAGAGCCUGGGCGUGUGCCCUAGGAUCCCUAGAUCUUUACUAACCCUGCUCUUUGCCUCCCCUUCGUGAUGAGGAGUCUUAAAGGACCGUGACCCAGGAGAUCUGGACUGGAGCCAGGGUCAUAGGGUUCCCAGGAAGAGCUGGCUGUGGGCUCUUUGGCGGAAAAUAUCCGAGUAACUAACUACUCACAUAACAGCUUCCGGCUGAGCUCAGAACGCUUCUCAGAAGCAAAACUUACUGAAGGGCACGUGUGGUCCUCUCCACAUCUGUCUCCAGGACUUGCCUGCCCUCUCCUCUGAUGCAUAAGUGUUCCACUGUUGUCAGCAUCUCUGACCCACUGAGGUUCGACCUUCCUCCAGAGUGCUCUGGUUUGUACCAUGCAUUUCUCAGGGGUCCACAUUUCUCAUGAUUUUUUUUUAAUAAGGCCUACAAAUUCUUUAGACUGAAAUCCUGUCCCACCUGUGGCAGCUGUGCAUGGGACAGUCGAGGCUGUGUCCAGCUUAAGACCCUGAGUUCCAGGGAUUUGGCUUUUUUCAUGCUAUCGGACAUCUCGGAGAUCAGACCUAGGCUGUACGGGGCCAUCUGAGCAAGGGCUGAAGCCCAUCAUUGAGGCCCAGGACUGUAUGGGAUGUGUCCAUUGUUUAGAUACUUGGGAUCAUGGCAGUAACCCUUUCCACUCAUAGUCAAGGGACUGGACUUGGAGCUGAGAGCAGGCAGGAUGUCCGCAGGUCAACCUCUGGUAGGCCCACCUAGCUCUAAAUAUUAACUUUUCAGCAAAUUUCUUUUCUGGCCAGACUCUGAGUUUGACAUUUCUGAUAUCUGUCACUACAUCCCUGGCUGUCCCCACAGGACAGAAACUUGCCCCUUUGUGAAGGUGGCUGCCAUAGUCUUCUAGGUCAAUAUCCUGGUCCUUCUGCUGACUGGGGCUAUGACACCCUGAGGCUUGGGGACCAGCGUUAGCUGCUGUAGGACACAGAACACAUCGGGUGCAUCUCCAAAUGGGUAAGAAGUCUCUGGGUAGAGUCCAGACCUUCUCUAUUUCCCUCUCUCAGUGUCAUAAGCAAGGGAGCCCUCUUCUGCCUACCCACGGCUUCAACAUACUCCCUUCAUAGUGAUAGCCCUCCUACUGUUACCUUCCUAUUCCUUGGGUGGGACAAAUGGUCUCAGGGCCCACAAUGAGAGACCAGCAAGGGCAGCAAUUCUGGCCUGUAUUCUGGAGCCUUUGGGGAGUUUUUCAGGCAGGUCCUUUGCCUUGAUGGUACAGUCCUGCCCUAUUAGCCCUUCUCACCCAUGCUGUAAAUAUUUGUCAUCGUGGACUCCAACAGGGUCAGAGGGACAGACCUAAUCAACUGAAACUCCUUGGAGAUGCCAUCUCUGUCUCCCUGGGUGCCAGUACCUUGCUACCAUAUGCACCAGGUGGCACCGGAGAGCCAUAGAAGUCGUGAGAUACUGUGUGUAAGCACGUGUACAUGAAUGUAUGUGUGUGUAUGUGUGCGUGUGUGUGCGUGUGCGUGUGUGUGUGUGUGUGUGCACGAGACUCAUUCAAUCUCUGGGGUCAAAUCAGCUCCUCUCCAAGUGUGGAACCCUGGAGAGUAGUGGCCAUCUACAUUUCCCUGUAGCUUCCAUGUCUUGUUUUUGCUUUUCCUUCCCUCUCCUUUCUUCUCUCCUUCUUUAUUUGAGGGGGAGGAGUGCUGUACAAAGUCAAACCAACAAGUUUACAGCUGUAAGUGCAAUGACCCGAGUCCUCCACAUGACCUUGUGAAUUGUGUGCCGUCCUUCUGUGCUCUGUGAGAACUCGUGGAACUUCAGUGUCCCCUCCCCUGUAUUGUGACAAGGUAUUUCUGUGGUAUCAAAAUAAAAGGACUUGAUAUAAACAA